CACACUCACCCACUCUCAUCAUUUUCUCUCUCUCCCCCCUCUCUCUCUCUCUCUCCCUCUCUCCCUCUCUCUCUCUCUGUCUCGCUCCCUCUGUCUCACGCCAUUCCUCUGGGCUCUGCAUCCUUCUUGCUUCUUCUCACAAGUCAAAUUGUAUUUGUAAGUACGAGCUGAAUGUCUCCCUGUGUAUGCCUGGGUUUCCAUUAGUCUUUUUUGUAUGUGUGAGUGACUGCUUGGCUACUUUAGUGUGACUGAGUGGAGCAGUGAGGUGUAUCAAGUGUAUGUGGGUCUUUGUCUCACACUCACACUCUCGCCGCUCUUCUUGCAACUCUUCUCGGGAUCUCCGGGUCCCUUUCCUCGGCGACGGGCUCCCCACACCAAGCAGUCACCAUUUCCGCCCCCGGGAGACCCACGCUGGCAGCGCAGCCCCUUCCCCGACUCAGCAUCGGGAGGAAGACCCUGGUGGCGGCUGCCGUAGGGGUUAUGCUGGUCCUGGUGCUGGUGGUGCUCAUCCCCGUGCUCGUCAGCUCUGUGGGUACAGAUUCCAGUCACUAUGAGAUGCUGGGCACCUGCCGUAUGGUGUGUGACCCCUACCUGAACAAGGGCACUCCAGCCAGCAGCACGAGCUCCACCGGUCUUCAGGCUGAGGCAGAGGCGCUGAGCGACCACAGCAACGUGCUUCCACCUUCCACGUUACUGCAGGGUCCGCAGGGGAAGCCGGGCAAGCCCGGCAAACAAGGACCACCUGGACCGCCAGGAGAACCUGGGCCACCAGGACCAGCGGGGCCUCCCGGCGACAGAGGCGAUCAAGGAAGGACUGGGAUUUUGGGUCUGGGGGGUAAUGGAGCUAUAAGCACGGCCACCUACAGCACGGUGCCACGGGUGGCCUUCUAUGCAGGGCUUAAAAACCCCCACGAAGGUUACGAGAUCCUCAAGUUUGACGACGUUGUCACCAACUUAGGCAACAACUACGAUGGCAUUUCGGGCAAGUUCAUCUGCAGCAUACCCGGUACUUACUUCUUCAUCUACCAUGUGCUGAUGAGAGGAGGUGACGGCACCAGCAUGUGGGCAGACCUCUGCAAGAAUGGCCAGGUUCGUGCCAGCGCCAUCGCCCAGGACGCUGACCAGAACUACGACUACGCAUCCAACAGCGUCAUCCUCCAUCUGGACGCAGGCGACGAGGUUUACAUCAAGUUGGACGGAGGCAAAGCCCACGGUGGCAACAACAACAAGUACAGCACCUUCUCUGGCUUCAUCCUCUACGCAGACUGAGAACACAUAGACACAAGAGACAGUUAGACAAGAAAAGACUCAGAGAAAGAGUUGUACGGCGGGAGGAGGAGGAGGAGGAAGAGGAGGAGGAGGGUGUGUGUGUUAAAAGCCGGAAUGCUUUCUAGUUUUCCUAAUUCUCUCCAUCAUCACGGACACCUCUGCUUCGUAUCCAUCAGCCAUCCUGGCUCUGUAGCCGAGCCUGGAAGCAAAGCUCCCGAGGACACACUGAGAGGGGCCGGGCGGGUGGUGUGGGAGGAGUGGGAUGCCGGGUGGAGGCGGGUUGGUUGUUCUGCGCUCCUUGCCACAAUGCCGAUGUGUCAGAAGCUCCUCACUUUCGGUGUCUCUCCUCUUCAGCCCUUCUCCAUUGCACAGAAAUAUCAACAAAAAUGAAUACCCUGCAAAAGUGGAUGAUCUCACCUCCUCUCUCCACAGUGGCAGCAGUUAGCUACUGUCAGUGGACUGGACUGACAGAAACCUGUAGUGUUGUUCUGUGCAAAUUUUCCUUAGAUCGUGUUUUUAUUUUGUAGACAUGCAUAAUAUUCUACACAAAUGAGAUUUAAAAAAAAAAAAAAAGAUGAAUAUAUUUGUCCCUUGUGAAGAUAUCCUGUUUGACCGAGAGAUGUUAUUUGUGAUGCAGCUCAGAGACCUAACAGCUGGAGAAGAAAUCUUUAAAUCAAGGCUUUCAGUAUUUUAUGGCAGUGGGUGUUUUUCUUCAUCGCUGGGUACAGCAAGGUAACUAUAUAUUGUUGUUGUGGAGAAUACAUUCUGCACCUCCAAUGUAUCUGAAAAAGGAAACAUAGCGUCGAGACAAAACCCCUCCCGCAAAUCACUUCACACCGUUUCACGCGCUGCCACACGAUGUCCUGCUGCUGUUCAGAUUAGAGUAUAGUUCAAAUAAUCUUUUCAAUGUUCUAGCUUCACGUAGACGCGCCACUUGCCACAACCAGCCGCGUGAUGACGCACGUACAGUAUAAGGGAUUCAGAUGUAACCUUGUCGAAGAGCGCCGGCCCUUUCUUCUCCUCCGCUGUGCCAGCCUCGAAGCUUUCUUGUGCAGUAAAAAAAAAAGAAAAAGAAUAAAGAAUAAAUAAAUAAAAUCCGGAUCCUGAAGCAGAGGACGAGGGAGAGGAAGUCACAUACACACUCAGAGGAGGACUUAGAGAGAGGGAAAGGUGGAGGAGGCGUUCAAGCACAGGAACUGUGAGUGGGCAAUUUUUUUUUUUUUUUCUGUUUUCAGUGUCCCUGAGCUUCACUGGAUGUCAUCCAUUCAUUAGCUCCAUAUUCAUCGACACACAGGCAUUAUGGUAAUAUUUACUCAACAUGGCGACCUGACAGCUUGCUUGAGAAUGAAACAAAUUGGGUGAGUGACUUGGCCUAUUGCGACUGCACGUUUGAGGAUUCGUGUGUUUGUGCGUGCGUGUAUGUACUGUACCUGUGCAUACCAGUGAGUGUCUGCAUUUUAGCAUGUGCCGUGCCAUGACUUCAUUGUUCUUUUUUCAGCGUUAUCCUGUGCUACAGCCAAUGACAGAUAUUUUACUCAGCAGCCAAUGAGAUUGCGCUCCGUGGGGUGGAGCCUCUAUAGAUAUGACGAGGAGAACAAACAGCUUGUAAUUGAAAUCUACGACUUGUUGGUCUAUAUUAUCUUUUGGAAUUGUUGAAUACAUUUAAAUAAUAAAUGGAUUUUUUUUUUGAGUGA